AUGGGGGGCGGCGGGUGUUGGGGUGAAGUUCGGUUGGGUUCAAGGGAGGAAACCAGCGUGGGCUCCCCCCUUGAUCUUGACGAAGGUUGCCGGGUUUCCUCUCUCCCCUUGGAUAAUGAUGAUGAUGAGUCCCCGGCCGCGUGGCGGGCUUCCUUUCCAACGUGCGAGGUCAAUUCUUCGUGGAAAAUACUGGGACCUUAUCAGCAGCGUUUCCCCGAAAACUUGAAGGCAAUCAUUCGUCGCACUCCCGAGACGGGAUAUAUUGAAGUGGACACGAUGAGUACCACGAAUUGGAAACUUUCAGAUGAUAAGGGUCUUCGUGAUUGUAAGAGAUCAGGAGGCUUGUCCAACAAAGUAGCCUUGUUCAACCAAGUGGCCGAUAGUCACAAGGAAAAACAGAUGAUCAAUCCGUUUUCCGCAUGGGAUGGCGCCUCGCAUCGAAAUAAACUUGACAAAUCAGACGCGUCGUAUGGAAAGCCAUUGGAAGGUUCGAAAACGGAAAAGCGAGGGAAAGCUGCUCAGGCGUCUGUCAACAACGAGAUGAGAACGCUGUGUGAAAUGAUCCACGAUUGUGGAUGCACGGAAGAGGAUUCAACCUCGUGGAUAACAUUCGGGGAACUCUUUCAGACUUACACCGUGAUAUCUGGAAACGUCGUCGGAAUUUUGCUGAGAGCCAGGAAGCGAGGCUUUGUUGACUUCCCGGGCGAAACCCUUUUCCAGAGACGCGACGAUGACGUGGUGAUCCAGUUGACGCGUCCUCUCGCCGAAAUCAAAGAAAUCUUGGCGACGUCGGGCAGCUAACGAACGACGGCAUUGUAACGACGACCGAGACUUGUCGCCAGUGACAACAAUGCUGACGAAGUCUCAGGAAGGGUUUUUCUGUGUGAUCGACACGCCUGGCACACAGCUGGAUGCUGUCGGUUCAACUGCACGAAGUCGAUGACGGCACUGUCGUUAUACUUACGUAACGGCUGUUCACCUGGCAGGGUGUUCACCGGCUUCCCCCCAGGGCUGUUCAGAAAUUUUCGUUCGAAAAGAAGAUGCGUUGAAAGCUUUUUUGCAGACAUUUUUUUCUUUGAAAAAAAAAAACAAAACAAAAUGUUGACGUGGAGCUUAUUAUUGCGUCUGUUGAAUACUUCUCCAAAUAACGUUUGCUUUUCGAGAAAAAAUUUUCGCCACGACAUAUUUUUUGAUCUGCUCCUGAAUAUCUCUACUUGAAGAUGUUAGAAGAUAAGCCGCGAUCAGAAUCUACUGUCUUUUGCUCUUUGUUUUUUAAAAAAUCCACGCGAACAAGUGAGUAAAAUUUUGUAGAAUAAUGAUGAACUUCAUUUUGUUUGUGAUUAUAAACAUUCAAAGGUAAACGAGCUCUAAAUUUCCAAACCCGCACUUCGCAAUUAAAGCUAAUGUUUAUUUCGUAAUUUCGGGGAAGUUUCCGAUAUCAUAAUUCAUUGUCUUCUGCCUUUGGUUUUGGAAAUAUCACUCUAAAUGAUUCAAUUUUUAAAAGCUGGUUCAUCACUUCCGUGUUUUUUGUUUGUUUGUUUGUUGUUGAAUGAAUUGAAGAUGAUCAAACUCUGAAAUCACCUCGAUGCUAUCACUUUUAUGGCAAAACUCAUUUUCCAUAAUUUAAUUGGGUUUAAAGUUAGUUUCUUGCGAUAAUUUUUAACAUCGACGUAAUUGCGAAUAACCAGUGAUACUCAAUUAUUUUUCACAUUCAGUGGAAUAUAAACACAUAUAAAAAUCGUCGCAAGGUUUUCCAAUGUUCGUUUUACCCUUCGGACGGGGAUGUUAAUAAAACUUGGACAGGAUUUUAUUUUAAUUUGGGUUGUUCAAACAUUCGGCAUAGAUUCUUCACCUCUUCAGUUUUUAUCACUCAAUAUGGAGGAAGGAAUUUCUGAACGUCCCUGGGAUAUGUGUGAUUGAUAGGGGCUCAUUAGCAGAAGCCCAGUUGACUUCAAAAGCUUUCAAGAUCUUUCGAAUGAUUGUUUUCAGACCUCUUAUAGAUCUUAUUGUGCAUGUUUUGGCUGAUGAAAUAUAGUACGGCAUCUGAGCCGACGAUUACUUUUCAAAGCAAAA